AUGAAACGUAAGGUAGAAGCUGCGAGCAGUCCAAGUAUGUUAGAACUGAUUCUGAUGAAGACCCACCCUCAAAAGAAACUCCUUAAGCUAGGUCGUAACGAGGACGAGGACGAUCAGAAAGACAAGGUAGAGGCGUUGCCUACUGAUCUAGAGGUGGAGAUACUGAGUAGAUUGCCGUCAAAGUCUCUGAUGAAGCUCCGAUGCGUGUCCAAGAUUUGGUCUUCCAUCAUCCGAAGCCAGAGAUUCGUCGAUUCCUUCUACGCUUUGUCCUCUACGCGAUCGCGUUUCACAGUCGCUUUCAGUAGCGGUAUAUACGCCCUCGAUGCCACAAGGCGUUUGUUCAUCUUUUCAUCUUCCUUCGAGGAAGAAGAUUUAUCUUCUUCUCCUUCUUCUUUGGUUGCCAAGCUAGACAUGAUAAUACCUUCUGUGUCCAGGACCUACCCCUACAGGUGUCCUUCCAUCCACGGCUUUGUCGGUUGUGCUAAUACCUCCAAGUUCAUUGUAUGUAACCCGAGCACGAAGCAAGUCAUUACCUUACCCAUUCAAGGAGACCGCGCAUCAUUGGGAUAUGAUCCUGUCGGUCGUCAAUUCAAAGUGUUGAACCUGGUCACUGGUCCUGGCGAGUUUCGUAGUUAUCUAGUGCACGAGUUUAUAACACUUGGAGCUGGAGGAGAAGUAUCACGCAAUCAGGUUACCACCGCGAAUUAUGUCCCUGUAACCGAUGGAGUUUACAUCAAUGGUUCCCUCUAUUUUGCUGCUUGGUCCCCUAAGCUAAGAAUGGAUCCGGUCGUUGUGACGUUAGAUACGAGACCAUAA